AUGCGGGGCGCGGCGCGGGCGGCCCGGGGGCGCGCCGGGCAGCUGUGGCCGCGGCCCCCCGCCCCGGGCCCUGGCCCGCCGCCGCCGCCGUUGCCGCUGCUGCUGCUGCUGGCCGCACUGCUGGGCGGCGCGGGCGCGCAGUACUCGAGCGACCUGUGCAGCUGGAAGGGGAGCGGGCUGACGCACGAGGCCCACAGGAAGGAGGUGGAGCAGGUGUACCUGCGCUGCGCGGCCGGCUCCGUGGAGUGGGUGUACCCGACCGGGGCCCUCAUCGUCAACGUGCGGCCCAACACCUUCCCGCCCCCGCGCCUCCAGACUCUGUGCAUCAAGCCCCUCAAAGGCUCCUCGGGGGCCAACAUUUAUUUGGAGAAAACUGGAGAACUGAAGCUGCUGGUCCGGGACGGGGACCGCGGGCCUGGCCGGGUGAGCUGCUUUGGCUUCGAGCACGGUGGGCUCUUCGUGGAGGCCGCGCCCCAGCAGGACAUCAGCAGGAGGACCACGGGCUUCCAGUACGAGCUGACCGGCCGGCCCGCAGGCUCGGACCUGCAGGCUCUGUCAGCCCCGUGCCGCCCCUGCGGGGAUGCUGAGGUACUGUUGGCCGUCUGCACCAGCGACUUCGUCGUCCGAGGCUCUAUCCGGAACGUCACUCACGCCCCAGAGCAGCAGGAGUCCACCAUCCACCUGCACGUGAGCCGGCUCUACCGGCAGAAGAGCAAGGUUUUCUGGCCGGCUCCGGAGGGUGGCGGCUGGCGGGGCCGCGUGCUCACGCUGCUGGAGUGCGGCGUGCGGCCCGGACGCGGGGACUUCCUCUUCACCGGCCACAUGCGCUUCGGGGAGGCCCGGCUUGGCUGUGCCCCGCGCUUCAGGGACUUCCAGAGGCUGUACCGGGACGCUGAGGAGAGGGGCCUGAACCCCUGCGAGAUGGGCACGGAGUGACGGGGGCACGGGGUGCUCGGAUCGGGGCUCCUGGGGCUCAGGCCGCGGGGCACACGCCACGAGGUCCCAGCCGAGGGCUCCCUGACUGAUGGGAAAUGUUGUAAAAUGCAAACUAAGUUAUUAUAUUUUUUUUAAAAAAAGAAAAGUCCAUAGGAAACAAACUCCAGAGUCUUAAAAUGCCUUGUGUGCCAUUUGAUACCGUUUUUCAAAGCACCUGACGCCCUUGCGCUCGGCUGGCGUGCCGGGAGCCCACGGAGGACGCCCAGCGCCCGGCUUUGCACGCCGCCUGCGCACAGAUCAGAGUUGUUUCUUGUGACGGAAACUGACGGGGCCAAAUACAUAUUUCUUGUUUUGUUUUUGCUUUUCAAAGAAUGUGCUUUACUGGCCGUGGUCCCUUUGGGGCUGCAGGCUGUUUCCAUUCCAGAGAAUAAAGGCCAGCAUCUGAUGGC